AUGGACUACUCUUUGGCGGCGCUGAAGCUCUUCUGCGGCCAAUUGAAGGACGCCGCCGAGUCGCCGGCGACGACUCCGCCGUCCACCUCCGCCGCUUCAUCCUGCUCUUCCGCGACAGCUGCUGCGUCCUCGACGCUGUUCGGCAUUCUCUUCCAGCGAGCGUGGCUGCAGGUAGUGCGUGUCCGCCACCAUUGUCCGUUCCGCUCGCUCGUUGUUUGGUAGUAACUCUGGUCUCUCCUUUUCUACCAAUGCUGCGCUUGCGGCCAUGGCCUGUCUGUCGAAUGGCGUCUUUCUUGGGGUUUCUCCGUGGCGGCGCUCGACUGUGUGGCGAUUUUGUUCAGGCAGGGGGUUUUGGUGGCCGCGGCUGAUGUGGGAAUCGGAGAGAGAGGGCGAUUUGUGUUGGAUGAUGGGACAGGCUUGGUGGUGCUCUCCCUGUCCAAGGAGAACCAGCAGCACGAUGACUGGGCCGUCGGUAUGCCUUCCUGCGAACAUUCGUGACGUGAUUUGCCAAUGAAUGAAUUUCCGAUCCCGAUCUGUUCAUACUAUUUCGGUUGUCUCAGGGAUGUACGUGAUGGCCGUCGGACAGUUCGUGCCGCGUGCAGGUGAUAUUCCUCUGGUCAAGGUAUGUCUCUUCUUCCAAACUCAUCAUGAUUUCUGCGGGCUCAUCGAAGAGUAUUGCCACUGAUCUGUUUAUGAUAAAUGAAACGGGAGGGUGAGAGAAUAUUUCUCAUCAUUUUGACCAUUCAUAUAGACCUGUUGUAGUCCGAAGAUCAUUGGCGGUACAGAACUCAGAGGUGAAAGUUCAUAAUGGAGCUUUUACUCACUUGGUCCCUUCACGGAUACCAAUUACAUAGGGUUCAUUCUACUUUAAAAUUUAUAACAAUCUUUCGAAAGCAUGUGAAGUUUUUUUGCAUCAGAAGAAGAUUGCAGUUCUUCUAUCCGUUGCUUUGUUACGAUGAAAACAGUUUGCUUUAUAUCAGUUUCACCUAUAUUCUACAACAUAAGUUGGGGCCAAGCUACGGAUGCCUAAAAUAUUGAAAGCUCAACGAUCUUAGGAUCUGAAACACUAACGCUCACCUACAUGUUCGCUUAUUUAUUACCUUACACGAAUUUCCUAGGUUUCCAUCCUAAAUAAACUGUCAGUAAAACUUUGUAGAAGUUGCUCAUCUGAACCAGAUAGAUAUCAACUUCUAACCUAAAAUUUCAACUGAUUAGAGCUUUGGUCUUUUUCUUUCAAAACUUGUGGAGGGUAGUGUCAUCGACCCAGUUGAUAUUCGGUCUUGGCCUGACUUAAAUUCUGCGAGAAAGGGCAUUUGGAAAAGAAAACCAAUAAAAUCUUGAGAUUGACUUUUACGAAUGCAUUACUUUUGAAAAAUGACUUGCUCGGAUUUCUUUCCCUUUCUUGGACCGUUCUAGUAAGGGAAUCUGAAGGAAUCCAUUUAGCUUAAGGUCUUUUGUCUAUGUGAGGAAAGAAGACUGAUUUAGGAGCAGUGUAAUCAUAGGGAGGCUAAUGUCAUUCACUCGAUUAUCAUUUCUUCUUGGUUACCCAAGGUUUUCCUGAAGGAUUUUCUCAUAUGCUCCUUUGGAUCUACGAAAUCUUUUUUUUUUUUUUUUGGCUUACAUUCCGCGUGGAAUUAUUUGAGUAUGGUUCCUCACCAAGUAUUCAUUCAUCUUUAAGAAAGUAUAGGAGCCAGACGCCUCCAUUUGUUUCUUUUUUAUAAUAAUUGUCAAUUCUGCAUUUUCUUCCAUGUAAAAAAAUGCUUAUGUUAUUUGAUUCUUCUAUAAAAAAACCCAAAAAAAAUCCUCGUCCUCCAUUGAGGACGAAGCUAAUAAACCAAUAAUCCUAUUCCAAUCGCUGAUAGAGUUUAAAGCAUCCAAAUCACAUUCUCGUGUCCUUUCUGAAAUUUCUCAGAUCAGUCCCUCAUGUGCCCAAUGUCUUUAAAAACUUUUUAUAUGGUGGAAGUUUGUCCACAUUUGAAAAAUAUCUGACUGAAAUUAAAGGAAUGGAAAAUAGUCCGAUAAUUUGGAGUGCAGCAUGAAAAUGGGAGCCAUUUUUGUGCAUAUUUCUCAAAAGCGAAGUAUUUAUGGUAGUUUUAUAAUCAUGUUAUUACCAUGGUUAGAAUCCUCUCACGAGCCCACCUUUCAAAAAUGCAUCACAAUUUGGACUCCCUGCCCACCAUUUUAUUUUAUUUUUAAUAAUUCUCGGGAUUAAAACGCAGCUUGUCGUUAUGAUGAGCCCGUUUUAUCCCCUCUUUAUUCUACAUUAAUUAAAAUUAAUUGGGCUGUCUGUUCUUGGGAGAUGACUUCCAUCUCCGUAAUCUAGGAACCAAGAACACAGAAGCAGUUCGCACUGUUCAUCACCAUUUCCAAUUUCUAAUAAAAAUGUUUCUUUAUUCAUGGUCUUACUCUGAGGCAGGUCCACAAGAUGGUUAACCUCUCCCCACACCCCGACAGGGAGGCGAUCUGGCAUCUGGAAGUCAUCGAGGCCUAUAAGCUGUUCUACCAGUCUUUGCCCGAAGAUUGA